AUGGACAGUUGGAUGCAACGGAGCGAGCAGGUCUGGGAACAGACCCACCAGCAGAUCGAGGACGCCCUCCGCCGACACAAGAGGACACCCCUACCUACCUCCCUGGGGACCGAGUGUGGCUGUCGACCUGGGACUUCAGUUGUCUCAGGUCCGUUGGACAAGGCCACACCCGAUGUCAUGCCCCCACCUACGGUGGAUGUAGAAGAAGAAGGCAGCUUGAAUCAGCUUGGAGGACGGUUUGUGAAUGGCCGUCCCCUGCCUGCACAUAAGAGGAAGCUGAUAAUAGAGCUGGCAUCAGAGGGUGUGCGCCCAUGUGACAUCUCUAGGAUUCUCAAGGUGUCAAGUGGAUGCAUCAGUAAGAUCUUACGCUGGUACCGAUGCACUGGACUCUGGGUUCCCAAAACCACUGGUGGCAGCAGACCAAGACUCCUUACACCUGAUGUGAUCUCUGCUAUAGCACAGUACAAGCGUACCAGUCCAACACUUACUGCAUGGGAGAUCCGUGAAAAGCUUUCAUUAGAGCAAGUGUGCAGAGCUGACAAAGUUCCUAGUGUGUCUUCGAUUAACCGCAUUCUGAAGAAGAUACAAGAUGACUGGCACACAGAAAAACCCAUAUAUGAAGGGAGAAAGUCACAGCCAGCAGACAGAUGUUCAGACAACAGAAUGUCAGUGGUUCAUCAGAUAAGACUUUCUCCUCCUUUGGUUCAUAAUAUUGGAAUGCACAGUCACUGCAUUUCAGAUACGACAGCAGGUUUCCUAUUGGCUCAUCAUAGAAAGGAGGAAGUUACAAAUAGAUCAACUUAUUUUACAGAAUGGGCUGCUCAUCCUUCAUUCACUGGACAGUAUAUUUGA